CCCUAAACCAGGAGGGUCUCCCAUCAUCUAUCUCUUCCUUUCGUUCUAUAAUAAUACCUCUCCAUCUUAAACUUAUUUACAACCCAACGAUGGAAACAUCAGGAACUCUGAUUAUUUUCUCCCAUGUCUUGUUCAUACUCCUCUUGGGCAGCGCUUGGGCAGAGACUGAGAGGUCUGUUGCGGCGCCUUCACCUUCCUCGUCUCUUCCACCAGCGGAUUGCAUGUCCGAGCUGUUGAGUCUCUCUGUCUGCCUGCCUUAUGUGCAGGCGGGAAGCACUGUGGCAAAGCCGGAUGCCUCCUGUUGUUCGCCUCUAAAGAAGGUGGUGAAGGAGAAGCCAGCGUGCCUUUGCCAGUCCUUCGGCUCCAGCUCUACAUUUGGCAUCAGCCUUAACAUAACUAAAGCCCUCUCUCUCCCUUCUGCUUGUAGUUUAAAAACUCCCUCUGUUCCCAAGUGCAAGUUGCCUGUGGCUGGUGCGCCUUUGGGAGCUCCUGUUCAUGCACCCACAACAUCGCCGGAAAUCACUCCAGCAGGUUCGUCCCAGGCGCCAUCCCCAUCUCUCACAUCCUCAGCUGCCAUCUUUCUUCCAUCUCCAUUCACUUUUCUCUUUCUGUCAAUUUUACUUCUUUCAGUGUGUUCUUUCCUUAGUCUUUGAGGCGUAAGUGUUUUCCUUGCUUGCUUUGGCGUUGGACAUCUUAUCUGAUUCGCUGCUUAUAUUGAUAAUGAAUAAUUUAUGGUUAUCUGCAAGAGCAAGCAUGUUGAUUUGAUUUGCUAUUUUUUCAGUGAAUUAACGCUUUUAAAGUGAGAAAGCUAGGUAAAGUGGAUCUUAUUAAUUAUGCAUGUAACGAACAUUUUACUUUCAUCUGAAACAUAAAAAAGCUCUGCAUGGAUGAAUGAA